CCCCCCCCUCCCCGCAACGACGCGCGCUCUUCUUGCUCAUGCGCCGAUUUUCCUCUUCCUCUCUCUCUCUCUAAACCCGGGCGUGGCGACUACUGUCCUUUGUGACUCUUCAAUUUUCCAGUCUUGAAAAUUCCUCCGGACGAUUCGCAACCUCGAGUUUUCCGAAAACCAGCCUGCGUCGAUUCCGAAACUCCCCCGCCUUCCUCCCCGCCUACCGUCGCGAGAAGGAGGGUGAAGAAAGAAAGAAGAGAAACGCAAAUUGAGUGUGCGGCACGCAUCCAUCUACAUACACGCACACACACACGCCAGUCACACGCCAUCAUGGCGCCCAAGACCAUCAUCGUCCCGUCGAUCCUGUCGGCCGACUUUGCGCAGCUCGGGCACGACUGCGCGCGCACGAUGGAGCAGGGCGCGGACUGGCUGCACGUCGACAUCAUGGACGGUCACUUUGUUCCCAACAUCACCUUCGGCGCGCCCGUCGUGGCCAAGAUUCGCGGGCACGUCGACCGGCCGACCGAGGCGCACGGCCGGGGCACGUUUGACUGCCACAUGAUGAUUGCAGAGCCCAAGAAGUGGGUAAAAGAGUUCAAAAAGGCCGGCGCCGACAUGUACUGCUUCCACUACGAGGCGGCCUUUUCGUCGGCGUCCGAGAGCCCCGAGGACGCCGCCACCGACGCCAGGACGAGCCCGCGCGAGCUGAUCCGCUACAUCCACGACCAGGGCCUGCAGGCGGGCAUCGCCAUCCGCCCGGACACGUCGGUCGACGUGCUGUGGGACAUUGUCGGCGCCGAGGACCCGAGGGACAAGCCUGAUGUACGUUUGUUGUCACCCCCCGCACUUUGCUGUCUUCAUUUCCCUUUGGUCACCAUGCUUCCCACUCUUCCUACUUCUUACCUCCUGCCUCGUUCUUCUGCCGGCCCCCUGCCGCUGCGAAACGGAUUCGAUCUCUGUUUCGCCGCGGAGGCGGGGAGGGGAGGGGAGGAGAGGUGAGGGCGAAGGAACCCGCCUGACACAUGACUUUAUUUUCUGCGAAAGUUGUGUGCGUGUGUGUGUGUGCGUGCGUGUGCGUGUUUUUGGCUGACGCUCGCUCGCUUGCUUCUGCAGAUGGUGCUCAUCAUGACCGUCAUGCCGGGCUUCGGCGGCCAAAAGUUCAUGGCCUCGGAGCUGCCCAAGGUCCAGGCCCUCCGGCAGAGAUACCCCGAGCUCAACAUCGAGGUCGACGGCGGCCUCGGCCCCGCCACCAUCGGCCAGGCGGCCGACGCGGGCGCCAACGUCAUCGUCGCCGGCAGCGCCGUCUUCGCCGCCAAGGACCCGGCCGACGUCAUCGCCACGCUGCGCCAGGCGGUGGACAAGCGCAACGGUAGGCUCUAAGUGUAAGAAUCGUUUUGGGGCGGGGCGGGGCGAGCGCGCGAGCUGCGCCGGUGAAAAGGUUGGGCGGUCAUGAGCAUAGAUAGAGCGGAGGGCAAGUGCGGGAGGCGGGCGGUAUAUAUCUAUCGGUGUCUUGGUUGUCCACGCAUUUGUGGCUAUACGUUACCUAUGAGCUACGUAAUAGAUUCAUUGU